ACAAACUUGACAAGUUCUCCUGUUGUUUUGCCUGCCUUAUUUUCAUCUACAGCUUCCUAGAAAGAAUCCCAAGCCUGAUCUCUCUUCCCCGAAAUGUGCCCAUAUGGGACAAGUCUAGCUGCAGGGACCAAACGGGGUGGUGCAAGAUCAGAUUUCAGGCCAGCAUUUGAUGUUCUUGAUGCAGACCAUGACGGGAAGAUAAGCAAAGAUGAUCUUCGCAUGUUUUAUGCAGGGUUUUCAAGUAAUGGUGCCGAUGAUGAUUUUAUAGGCUCAAUGAUGUCUGUUGCGGAUUUUAACAAAGAUGGGUUUGUUGAGUAUGAUGAAUUUGAACGUGUUUUGGAUGGUGCUAGUGAAAAGAAGAAAUCUUCAUCGUCAACAAGGUCUAGUUCUGGGGUUAUGGAGGAUGUAUUUAAGGUCAUGGAUAAAGACGGGGAUGGAAAACUGAGUGUCGAUGAUCUGAAGAGUUAUAUGCAAUGGGCAGGGUUUGAUGCUUCUGAUGAUGAUAUUAAAGCUAUGAUAAAAUCGGCUUGUUAUUCUGGCGGCGGUGAUAAAGAUGGCGUCACUUAUGAUGAUUUCCUUAAGAUUUUGGCUCUUGAUAAUUCUUCUGCUGCAUAGUACUUUUGUAAUUUUAACCUUCGAUUUUGUCCUGCUUUUUUGAAAGAAGAUGCUCAUUAAUUUUGAUGUUUAUGUUCUGCCACAUGAAAUUGUUAUGUAGCAAAUUAUGAUUUUUUGGUGUAAAGUGAUGCCAAUUAGGAUGCAUUGCCAGCUUUGUUUGUGAUGCUGAUGCUUCUCUUAAAUGUCUUGUUUUCUGUCU